CUCACCCAUCUUCUGAAUAAACUCUAUUCACAUGUUCUCCCAAAGGUCUUUGAGGGAAACCUUUUAUCACUGUUACAUUACAAUAUCCAUAGCUCCAUACACAGUAAAAGAGUUUUUUCGACCCCUGUGUAUGUCAUGGAUGAAGAAUUUGUUACUCCAUUUAGCGGUUUUGUAAAUAGAUCCGUAAGGAGACGCGUGCUGUGAACUCGCGCUCGCGGCGUGUGAUGUCAAGAGCGGGUGGAUUUCUAAUAGUUUUUUCAAACAUUCGUCAAGUCAAGUCACUGACUCAUUCUUGGAUUUCUGUCAUAUGUGGACAUGAACAUUUUAGACACUCACAGACUUUCAACUUCUCUUUAAGACGACAGCGAUGUAAAGGCGCAUUUAGAAUGAGAAGACAGUGGCGUCAGCGCUUCAAAAAGGUCAUACCUAUAUUUAUGACAUUAAUACUCCUUAUAUGUGCUUUUACAAUUGUGUUUUCAAGAGUGAAUGAAGACGACUGUUGCAUUGAUACCUUUGGGUCAACAGGAGUGUUAGACAGACAGCGACUGACAGUAAAAUAUGGCAUUAAUUGUUCUGCAAUAUAUGACAUGGAACCAGCAGAAGUGGGAAAAUCUUUGACCGUCCGUAAAAACAAAAACUAUGUGGGUCCAGCUGAUAUUAAUAUUGUGAAUGCCACCUCUGACUGUGAUCGGUUUAUAGCAUCAAAGGGUUACGAUGCGAUACAAGGCUCUGAGUCUGAGCGUGAAUUUCCCAUUGCUUACUCUUUAGUCGUUCAUAAGGAUGCUGGUUUUGUGAAGAGGUUGUUAAGAGCCAUUUAUAUGCCACAUAAUGUUUAUUGCAUACAUUAUGACCUGAAGUCUUCAGAUGAUUUUAUUUCAGCGAUGCAAGGUCUGGCCCGCUGCAUCCCUAACGUCUUCAUUGCCUCAAAACUGGAGAGGGUGCAGUAUGCAGGCAUCUCACGCCUCAAAGCAGAUCUUAAUUGUCUGUCUGAUCUCCUGGAGUCUCAGGUAAAGUGGAAGUAUGUCAUCAAUCUGUGUGGUCAGGACUUUCCACUGCGGACGAACGCUGAACUGGUGUCAGAUCUAAAGAUGCUUAAAGGCAUGAACAUGGUGGAGAGCAAGCGACCAGGAGGAAAAGAAUGGCGCUGGACCUUUCACCACGACCUGAAAAAUAACACUGAAUACUACGAGUUUCCUAUCAAAACAUCUGAGGUGAAACCUCCACCACCUCAUAACAUCGAAAUGUUUGUGGGCAGUGCAUACUUUACACUCUCACGGGAAUUUGUACUUUUUGUUCAGUGGAGUUCUCUAGUCAGAGAUUUCUUGGUUUGGUCUGAGGACACAUACUCACCUGAUGAACAUUUUUGGGCAACUUUGGUUCGUGUGCCUGGAGUACCAGGAGAGGUGCCAAGAUCUGACCCUGAUAUUUCAGAACUGAUAAGUAAAACCCGUCUGGUGAAGUGGGAAUAUUUAGAAGGGAGUCUUUACCCACCAUGCACUGGGGAGCACAUGCGGUCUGUGUGUAUUUUUGGUGCUGCUGAGCUCAGAUGGCUUCUUAAUUAUGGUCACUGGUUUGCUAAUAAAGUGGACCCAAAAGUGGAUCCUAUUCUUAUUGAAUGUAUAGAAGAGAAACUUUUAGAAAAAUCGAUGUCAACGCAAGGUUAAAAAAAAUUUUUUUUACUGGGGGUGGCUGUUAUCUUUUAUGUUCUAGGUUAAAAGUACAAUGCUUUUAAGAGGAAACCAAAGUAAGCUUAUCAUUUUAUUGCAGUUUGUAGUUAAAAGAUUUUUUAAAGGCACUUUUUAUUUACACAAACAGACCAUGGCAUUCUGUUCAUUAAAAAGGCCUAAUUUUCUUCUGGUUACAUGCAAAAAGUUAAAAACUGUCCAACACAUUUUAGUGCUGGCGUUCAUCAGGAAAGUAACAGCACAAGUUUACCACAAGUGAGAAAAAACAUAUCACAUGGUUAGCUCCCUUUCGAAACCAACAUGAUCUCAUGGGAAGUCGUGCUAUAGUCACAAGAUUUUUUAUUAAUUUAUUCAUUUCCAUGGCACAAAAUUCAGCUUUUUAUCUGUGCCUUAAGCACGAAUGUCUACAAAUUUCUAUAAAUAGUUUUUCGUGUCCGUGGCACGACUUUCUUUUUGUGUCAUUUUAUGUAUUGUUUCUCUUUUUUUCCUAUUUUUAAAUCAUUGUCGCUUGGGGAUAGAUUUGGGGUUUGGGUUAGGAUGUACUUUUAUGUAUUUUUUUCUACAUGUUUUUCUUUCGCUUUUAAACUAUUCUCGCCUGGAGUUGGGGUUAGAGUUGAGGUUUGGGUUAGGAUGUCUAAAAUGAAACAGAAAGUGAUUCUAACCACAACCCCAAGUGACAAUGGUAAGAAAAUAGGAACAAACAAUGGGAAAACAAUACAUAAAAUGACACUAAAAAGAAAUUCGUGCCACAGACACAAAAAAGGCAUUCCUGCUCAAAGCACGAAAAUAAGCUACAUUUCGUGCCUUCGACGACACACAUAAAUUAAUCAAAAGUUUUCGUGACUAUAACACGACUUUCAGUGAAAUCAGUCUGUUCGAAACGGAUAGUGAAGUGACGGUAACCCCCACAGGACAAACAUGUCAUCAUCUGAGACAAUAUAGUGUCAAAAAGUGCUCUAUGCAGUUUGUCCAUUAGGGCUACAGUAGAAUCAUGAAAGCGUGAAAUAGCAACUUUCAUGUAAGAGGGUGUGAACUUUCUCAUUGCACAAACUUCCUUUUGCUGUUUUAAGCAAAAUGGAAAAUGCUGAACUUCUUUCUGUAUUUUAUUUGAAUAUUGUUCAUGCAUUUUAAAAUGAUAUAUGAUGUACAUAUUGCACUUUAAAUUAAAAAGUUUAAAGCACAAAACAUACUUGCUGUAAUAAGGAAUUUGUCAUUAUUUACAUAUCCCAUGUUUUUUUAAGUGGCUGCAUUUCACACAUUUUCACACAACAGUUUAGUAUCUGUAAAAUUGAUGGUGUUAUAGUUGUUUUUCAUUUAAGUUUGACAGUCAUCUGUGAAACACUGGCCAUAAGCACUGAGACUUUACCAGGUGCACUUUUGUUACAAGUUGUAGGGCGUUGUGAAUUUACCAAUUUAAAUAAAAAACCUCAAAUGCAGCUCAUUUCUUUCCACACAGCUCUCCGACAAGUAUAUUCAAAGUAGGUUUAUGGAAUUGCAACUAAACUCUCAUAUGAUUUGCAAGUGACUUUUCUGGCCAGCUCCCUGCGCUUCACUACCCUCUGUGAUAUCUAAUAUAGUAGAAAAUUAUCCAUGGUAGGUUUUGAUAGGUUGACAGGUCCCCUUACAAGCGUAUUCUUAGAAUACCUCCCUU